AUGACGGAACAACCGGUAUCAGUCCUCUUUGUAUGCCUCGGCAACAUUUGCCGUUCGACAAUGGCAGAAGGCGUCUUUCGCAACUUUGCGCAAAAGCCUCAGUACAAGGGCCUCAUCUCAAAGGUGGAUUCUUGCGGCACAGCGGCCUACCAUGUUGGCGAUCCUCCAGAUGACAGGACCAUGGCGACGCUCGAAGACCAUGGCAUAACGGAUUACUACCACGCCGGUCGCAAGGUGUCGCCCUCAGACUUCAACAAGUUCGACUACGUCUUCGCCAUGGACCGAUCCAACCUACGAGACCUCCAAAACCUACAACAACGAGGCCAUACCGAUUCAAAGGCCAAGGUGAUGCUGUUUGGCGAAUUUUCAGGAGGACCGAGGUCGGAGGUGGUGAACGACCCAUACUACGGUGGCGACGAGGGCUUUGCAAAGGCCUACGAGCAGUGCACACGGUUCUCGACCAACUUUUUGAAGCACGUCUUCCCCAAUGUCGACCCGAAAGCAUAG